CUGGGACACUGUAGAUAUCAUCAAGCUUUUCCUCCUUUCUUGGAGUUUCCUGGGAGGUUUGUUACUGUUUGGCAGCAUGCUCCCUUUCCUCACAAAAAGCGUCCCCAUGCUUAAUUUUCUGGAUCCCCUGAUCUUCUACCUCUUCCUAAAUCUCUGUUUUUGUGUAAUGGGGCGGACACACGCUCUGAGGGUAGACAACUGCCCGAGCUCUCAGUGGAAUGUUAUGUGUCGUCCAUGUUGUGAGUACCACCUCAUCGAGUGUCGGUGUCCAUCAAAAGGCACAAGGGUAGGCUACACUGUUCCCUGCUGCCGCAAUGCUCUGGAUGAAUGUGACCCCUGUAUUGUUCAUCCAGGCUGCAGUCUGUUUGAGAAUUGUAAAACCUGCAACAAUGGAACAUGGAAAGCUAAUGAUGACUUCUUCGUGAAUGGGAAGUAUUGUGCUGAGUGCCGUCAAGGCUGGAGUGGAGGGGAUUGUAAAACAUGUGGAGGCGUCAUUCAGCGAGCUCAGGGUCACAUAGCCCUGGAGAGUUACCCGACAAAUGCUCGAUGUGAAUGGAUAGUGCAAAUGGAGAGGGAAAGCAGCAUCGAGCUCAGGUUUUCACUGCUGAGUUUGGAAUCUGACCACAACUGUCGCUACGAUUACGUCGAGGUCCGUGAUGGCAACACCCUGAGCUCCCCUGUGAUUGGCCGGUUUUGUGGGGAUCAGCUGCCUCCUCCUAUUAAAAGCUCUGGGAACUUCCUGCACAUUCUAUUCACCUCAGAUGGCUAUAAUAACUUUGAUGGUUUUGUUCUUACUUUUCAGGAAAUUCCAGUGUCACCCAUCACGAAUGCAGCGUGCGCGCCCCCAGAAAAACCAGUGAAUGGAUAUCUGCUGCCUGUAUAUGGAGCAAAAGAGGAGCUUGUGUUGGUAAACUACCGGUGCCAUUCCCCUUUCAGGCUAAUUGGCACACAGCAGAGGACCUGCCUACCUGAUGGCACAUGGAGUGGCACUUCUCCCUCAUGUGCAAAAGGCCAAACAAGCCUGGUCCGGUGUGCUCCUCCACCCAAAUUGCCUCAUGGAUAUCAUAGACCUGCUCUUAACACAGCUGGAGGUGCUGAGACAAUUGAGUUUUUCUGUAAAAACUCCUACAUUUUAAGCGGAAACCACCAGAGUACCUGCCUCUCUAAUGGAUCCUGGAGCAGUCGGCCACCAAAGUGUGUCAGAGCCUGUCGAGAACCCAAAGUGUCUGAACUUGUGCGGCAAACUGUUGUGAAGCCACAUCUAUUAUCAAGAGAGAGUUCAGACCAAACUCUCCACUUCUCAUCCAGAUACAGCAUGGAUGAUUUGCUGUCCGCUGGCUUUAUUCCAUUAACAUCAGUUGGAUCAUCCAGCAAAAAAAAAGAUGACACCACUUUGGCCGACAUACCUCAAGGCUUUCACCCAGUCUACACAAGCAUCGAUUACAAGUGUGCUUCACCUCUCUAUCGAAAUAAAGGAAGCUCCCGACGCACCUGUCUGAAGACUGGAAGGUGGAGUGGGCAGCAUGUUUCCUGCUCACCAGUUUGUGGCAAAUUUGACGCUUUCAGCAGACACAACCUCUCCAACACUCAGUGGCCGUGGCAUGCGGCCAUUUAUAUCCGUUCACCUCCUGACCACACUGUGAGCACCUACAGGCCUCCAGGAAGGAUCAUAAUGGACGAACAGGGGGCCGCAGAGGAGUUCACAUUCUGGUCCCUGGCCUGCAGUGGGGCUCUGGUCGCCCAGCAUAGGGUCCUGGUGGCAGCUCAGUGUGUGGUAGACAAGAACAAGCAGCAGCCCGUUCAGCCUGAACAUGUGAAGGUUGUCAUAGGCAAGCAGUACCACACAGCCAGGGAUGCACUGAAAAGUCAGCACCGCCUGAGGGUUUCAGAGAUUGUAGUCCAUCCAACAUUUCUCUCCUCACCAGACUCUGAUGUGGCUGUGCUUAAGCUAAAAGACAAGGCCAAGAUCAGCGAGCGUGUGCUGCCUGUGUGUCUACCUAAAAUGCAAGGGGGGGAGGUGACUGCACAGGAGGCAUACACUGUGAGGUGGAUUUCACCAAAUAAUCUAAGGCACCUGGGCCACUCUGCAACCUUGAGCCUGACAGAACUUGUUGAGCUGACUGAUGUUACUCAUUGUGAAAGAGAAUUUGCUCAAGGAGGGGCGCAUACCACAGCGAUCAGUGACAAUUCAUUGUGUGUCAUUAGCAAGCCGUCCAGUCCUCAGAGCCCUUGUCCAAUUGUUAUUCCAGGCAUCACAACCGUGACAGCUGUGUUUUCAUCCGCAAGGGGUGUCUUGUCAGGUCACGAGGAUACUCAGGGAGCCUCUAGUGCAGGCUGGCAGCUGCUUGGCUUAGAGAGCUACGUCUCUGAGAAAAACAAGUGCAACCAGCGGAUUCACACAGUUCACACACAAAUUGCAAACUUUCAAGACUGGAUAGAGGAAAAUGUGAAGUAGGUAGCUACUUUUUGUAAAAAAAAUUUUAAGGCAGAAUUUCAGCCAUGUUCAUAAUUGAAUUUGAAUUCUGUGUGUCUCAGUGCUGGUGUCGAUUCCACCAAGAGAACUGCAUUUCAGUGAUAACCGUGUGCUUCGUGUGUACCUACUUCCCAUGCAGCGCCGUGAGAUCAUGUGAACUGUUUUCCUGUCACAUUUUUCUCUGAUGUGUGUGCAUGUGUUUGCACCUGCCUGGACCACUCCCAUAUGAAAUACCUCUCAUGCUACCAACCCCAAAACAAAACAAAAAACCAUUAAGAAAAUUGUUGACUUAUUUCUUCUCAAAACAUGGCUGGUUACAUAAUAGAACAAGUCCGCCAGACCAUAUUGUUACAAUUAUACGUGCUGCAGUACCAUCCUGUGGAAUAUUUCAACAACUCACUAUACAUCAAAUAAACCUUCAGAACACUAAUUAUAAUAAUAUGUAUGAAGAUAAUCCAUAGUAACUACAUAAGGUAGCUAAAGAGUGCACUAACCCACAAAGAAAUUGAAAACCAUUUUCUGUAUCUACAUAAGGUUAUAAUUGAUUUAUAAAGUAUAAGGUUUGAAACCAAAGCAUAUACUUUACUAUAAUACAAAUGGCACAGUAUCCAUUACUAAGUUUAUUUCUCUAUCAUUAGCUGUAAACAUCAUUUAUUAUAUUUGUAUGCUGUAACCAACCAUGAAGAAUUUAUAUUUGCAUAUAAUGUGAAGUGAAUGGUGUUUAAAUUGAACUAUAAAUUUUGAGCUAUGAGCGCUGCACACAAAGGCAGUUGUAGCGCACAGUUUGGCACAGCAAUCACUAAUCUGCACUAAUCCAACUUUUGUCUUCUGACUUUGCUUUUGUGCAGCCGACACUGUAAAUAUUUUUUUAUGCCGUGUCUGGUUAGGAUAUAACAUAUUUCCUCCAUCUCAUUUCUGGAAGAACUGAAUUCUUGUAUUCAGCCCUGAAGCUCAGUCACAUCCCAACUGGUCCAGAACACAGCAGCUAGGCUGCUAACAAAAACUAGCUGACGCUCACUCAUCACCCCAUUCAGAAUUCAUUUAAAGUUAAUUCAGUGGCAACCACACUUUUGAGGUUGUAGCUCCUAAACUCUGGAACAGCCUUCCUCAGCCUGUCAAACCGGCUGAAUCUGUGGUUUGUUUUAAACGGCUGCUAAAAACUAAUUUUUCAUGGUUUUCCUUAAUCUUUUGCUUAAUACUGUUGGCUCUCGGUCACAUCUAAUGUGUUUUUGUAUGU